UCACACCUGCACAGAGAGAGAGAAGAAGGAUCUCAUGAUGUCCCCGGCCACUUGUGUGCUCUCUGGUUGAUGCCUGGCUGACUGACCUGGAAAACCUCCAUCCGCUGGACGGUGAAGUUGCAGGUCUCAGCACCACAGAGGCUCGCGUGGUUGCUGGUGAUGGUCUUGCCCACAAAUUUCCUGUUGGCCGGCAGCUCCUCCUUCCACACCCACUGAUGACAGUUGAGAAGGUCGUCACUUGGGCCGUGCUCGCCAAAUCCCAGCCACAGGCGGCCGCCAGCGAUGGCCACCUUGCCAUGUGGCACACCGUUCUCGUUCGUCACCGCCCCCUUGGUGCCCGCCACCCACACAGACUGCUGGUCCUGUGGCACGUCGAUCUUGGUGAUGCCCUCUUCGAACGCACCGCACACCGAGAAGAGCGACACGGGGCAGUCGAACAGCAGCUGAGAUGUGGGGUCGGCUGGCAGGUGCAGCUUGGUGUCGGCGAAGACUGCGAUGGUGUUGGUGGCAUUGCACUUGACGACGAACAGGAGGCCGCGCCGCCCCACCACACGCUGCACCAAACUUGCAUACGACGAACCGUGCAGCGAACUCCUGACACAGCCAGACGUGCCGACGAAUGCAUGUAGCAUGGCGCUAUGGCCCUUCGUUUGUCUGCUCUCACUUGAAGAGGCAGAGUUUCUUUGGCUCCUCCUUGCCGAGCAUCUCGAGGAGGGUCUGCAUGACGUCGUUGGCGAGGAUGUUGGGGUACAUGGCCCCGAGGACGCCGUACAUCUCACUCACACGCACCAGCUCAUCCUGGUCGGCACACGAGGGCGGCGGGACAACGGCGCCAUCGGGGGAGAGGCGACACCGACGAGCGAAGUCGACGAUCCUGAAGACACCAACAGACGAAUAGAUGAGCUCUUUUGUUGCCUCUGGUGGUUGUCUGGGUGCCUACGAGUCGAAGUGGUGUGCAGACACAUCGACAACGGGAGUGCGACCAUACCUGGACACGCGACACAGGGGAGAAGGAGAGCCAAUCAUCACCAAAUCAUCCUUCCCCCUUCCCCCCUGUCUGCGCCGUCUUCUCACUUGGUGAAUCGGUCGUUGAGUGUGUCGAAGUCGGCCAGAGUGGCAUCGGUGGUCGCCACUGUGCGGCCGUCCACACUCACACUGAGCACCUCCGCCCCUCCCCUGCCUCCCCGGACGGCCGACGACUUGAUGAAGACGCCCAUCUUGUCAAUGAAACUGCGGAAUGCCGAUUGGCUCUCGCUGUACCUGUGCGGUCUGUCGAUGGCGAUGGGCGACUCGGCGAAGAAUAUGCCGUGGUAGAAGGGGAUGGGCUGCACGGCGUCGAAGAUCUUGAUCUCGUCGACCCACCCAUGCAUCAAACGGGUCAGCUUCUCACACAACCUGACACACACACAAACACAGGGCAGUGAGUCAAUCUGUGUCAUUGGCUGCAUGCUCCCAUCGUCCCUCACCAUAUGAAGUAGAGUGGGUCUGCGUCGAUGAAGAUCGUCCCGUCGGCAUCAUUGAGCAUCCACUCGUCGAACCGGUGCAGCAGCACCGCCACACACGUGCGCCUCAGCCCCUCGCGCAGCAGCACGCCACUCGGGAACGCAAUGACAUAGCCGCCGACGUUGAUCUGCGUCACGCCGCCACUCAUGCUGCCUCCUGUGGCCUUGCUGCUCGCCGGGGAUGGCGCCUCCAU